AUGUGUUUCACCAAGGCCUACUCUGAGUUAGAAUCAGCCUGCUCUGGUCUUAAUGUUAUUGUUGCUACCUACAUUGCUGAUAUUCCAGCUGAAGCAUUCAAAACCCUAACUUCAUUGCCUGGAGUUGCUGGUUUCACUUUUGAUUUGAUCCGUGGUGAAAAGACUCUUGACUUGAUCAAGAGCAGCUUCCCAACAGGGAAAUACCUUUUUGCUGGAGUUGUUGAUGGAAGGAGCAUCUGGGCUAAUGAUCUUGCUGGUUCUCUAGCUGGUCACAAAAACGAAACAUUCUUCUCAGCCAAUGCUGCUGUUCAGGAUGGAUGCCCAACAAAAAUUACACGAAAAUUAGGUGAUGCUGAUGGUUUAGCACCAAUUUUAUCGUGGAGACCACUCUUGUACGCGCAUGGGCGAUAUGAGGAGUUGGAUCUUCUGCCAACCAAACGCGUUAUAGAUUCCAAUUCUUCUUCAAUUCCAGUUCUUGCCAAAACAUUGCUACUGUUGAAUACAAGGUUGAUCCUGCUACAUGGCCAAUUAUGA